CAUCCUUGUCCUGUGAGCUUCUCCGUGCCUCAAAGUCUGGGAAUCUGCCAAAGGUGAAACUCAUCUUGUCUCAAGGACGAUUGGACAUGAACUGUAAAGAUUGUAUUGGUAGAACACCGGUGAUGAGGGCAGCAGGUAAAGGACAUAGAGAAGUGGUGAAGUUACUCGUAAGCAAAGGGGCUAACAUUUCACUCGUCGAUAGAUUCGACAUCAACACCCUUCACUCUGCCUGCCUGGGAGGAGAUGUAGAGGUGGUGAAGUAUGUCCUUUCACAGAACAUGUUGGACAUCAACAGUAGAGUACAGUGCGGGAGAACAGCUGUGAUGCUGGCAGCAGAGCACGGACACAAAGACGUGGUGGAGCUGCUUGUGGACAAAGAAGCUAGCGUGUCACUUGUUGAUGAAACCGGUGACAACGUCCUUCACUGUGCCUGUCGUGGUGGAGAUGUGGAGGUGGUGAAGUAUAUCCUCUCAAAGAAUAGGGUUGAUAUCGACAGAAGAGGAUCAAAGAAGAUGACACCAAUCAUGGUGGCAAGACACUGCGGCCAUAAAGAAGUGGUGGAGUUACUCGUGAGUAAAACAGCUGAUGGGUCACUAAAAUACUACAACCAUAAAACCAUGCUUCACUCUGCCUGUUGGGAAGGAAAUAUGGAGGUGGUUAAGUAUGUCCUUUCACAGAAUAUUGUGGACAUCAACAGUAGAAGGUGGAAGAAGACACCAGUGAUGGUAGCAGCGGAUAGGGGACAUACAGAAUUGGUCGAGGUACUUGUAGAGAAUGGAGCCAAAUUGUCACUCGUAUGUGACGACGGUAGCAACAUCCUUCACUUGGCCUGUAAGGGAGGACAUCUUGAGAUGGUUAAGUAUGUCCUUUCGCUGAAUGCUGUGGACAUCAACAGUAGAGGAUGGAAGAAGAAGACAUCAGUGAUGAUAGCAGGUGGUGUUGGGGACUGGAAGAACUGGUACACGGUGGCACAGAACGAGGAAUUUGACAAGGUCUACUCUGAGAAGAUGGCAGGAUAUGAUCUCCCAUUUAUAUAUUCGAUUUAA